AUGUCGAGGAGUGAGACCAUGGUGAGCACUCGUAAAGGCCUCGUUAUUGGACGUGAAGCUUGUGGUUCGCUGGAGCAGGAGGUUCACUUGAUACGGGAGAUUGCCGAUGGGAGUUGUGAUGAUCCGACGAGGAAUACUUUGAUUGCAAGGAGUGUGAUGAGUUGUCGAUGUUAUGAUGACUCGCCCCUAGAUUUGGUGUAG